CACAAGUGUCUCCCGUGCCAGGAAAGCAGUGCGCAGCAAGCACACGCAGCAAGCCGGUUCCAGGCAUUCUAGCUCUGGUUGACACUGUCGGUAUAAAAGCUGAUGCGGGACGGUUUUGGAGUGAUCAGGCACUUGUACUGUAACCACCACCCUAGGGCCUGGGCACCCAAGGAAGUCAGGAGAAGGUACGGUACAAUCACACUGCUCUGCCUUGGAGUUGGAGAACUUCUCCCCUGGGCCAUGGCACAUUCCAACACAACUGUCUUCACCAACCCUUCCAUCUUCAUCCUGCUGGGCAUUCCCGGCCUGGAGGCAGCCCAUGUCUGGAUCUCCAUCCCCUUCUGCAUCAUGUAUGUCAUAGCCCUCGUUGGGAAUGCCAGCAUCCUGUUCAUCGUGAAGACAGAGUCGAGCCUCCACGAUCCCAUGUACUAUUUCCUCUGCAUGCUGGCCGUCACUGACUUGGUCCUGUCCACGUCCAUCCUGCCCAAAACACUGGGGAUCUUUUAUUUUAAUUUAAGAGAGAUCGAUUUCAAUUCCUGCUUUACCCAGAUGUUCUUCAUUCAUGGCGUGUUCAUGAUGGAGUCUGGCUUCUUCGUGGCCAUGGGUGUAGAUCGUUAUGUGGCCAUUUGCAAUCCCCUGAGAUAUUCCACCAUCAUGACAAACCCUGUUCUGGCCAAGAGCGCCCUGGCCGUCGUACUACUUGGCAUCAUACUUGUCCUACCCAUGGUCCUUCUGGCGAGCCAGUGGCCAUAUUGCAGAACCAACAUUGUCCCCCACACAAAGUGCGCGCACGCAACCAUGGUGAGUCUGGCUUGUGCCGACACCAGCAUCAGUAGUCACUACGGCCUUGUUUUGAUAGUCUUUGUGCAUGGCGUGGAUGUGUUUUUCAUUGCUGUAUCCUAUGUGCAGAUCCUCAGGGCCAUCUUCCCUCUGCUCUCAUCCCUCAUAUUCCGUUAUGUCCCGAAUGUGCCCCGGUAUUUCAAUGUUAUUAUGUCGGACCUCUUCCUCCUGCUGCCCCCCGUGCUGAACCCCAUUAUCUACGGGGUGAAAACCAAACAGAUCCGGGAUAGGUUGCUCAGGCUAGUUACAC